AUGUCACAUCGGGCUAUAUUCAAAAAGAGAAGGUGGGACCGAGAGGACGGGACACCAUCCGGAGCCAAUUCUCGAGCAGGAUCAGCGUCUCGAACUCCAUUAAGAGACAAUGAUGAUUCUGAUCUUGAAGAAGAGACUGAAGAAGAUUUUAAAAGGAUUCAAGAAUUGUUAAGUCAACGAUUACAGAGUCUUGAAUUGGCCGUAGAUCCUGAAAAUAUCGAAGUUAAUAAAGAAGAUCGUCGUGGAGCCAGUGAUAGACGUCAAUAUCAUGCCGAAGCACUUAAUAAAGCAAGAAUUACUUCAGAAGCUACCACCAUUAAUGAUAUAAUAAGAUCAUUAACUAUGUCAAGAACAGAAGUAUCCUCACUGUCUCGAGAAUUAUUAUUGGCACAAUUAUAUAAAUUAAUUGUUACAAAACCUAUAUUAAUAUAUAAUGAAGAAAAUAUUGGAUCUUCAAAUUAUGUUGAUGAAGAAAAAGUUCAAAAAGUGGUUAAUUUAUUUAUAGAAUCCAAUUAUAGAACUGAAGUAGAAUUCUUAUAUUUAUAUCGAUCAGUUGUGGCAUUAUUAAUUAGUAAUAUUGAUGAUUUUGGUGAAAUGAUAUCAACUGAUCUCUUAAAUAAAAUAAGAUCUUUAAUUCAAGAACCUGCAACUUCAGUUAUUACCAAUGAAAAUAAAGCUAAUUUAAUUACUGGAUUUAUUGCUAUAACAUUAGUAUUACAUAAUGGAUCUUCAAGUUUUGGAAUUGAUGAUAAAAUUAAUUGGUUAAUGGAAAUUGCUGAAGGUUAUUCAACUAGUGCCGUGUUAUUAAGAAAGAAUAUUGAAAGUGGUGAUAGAGAACAUUCAACCCUUGUAAAUGAUAAAAAUGAAGAUAAACGACUUAUAAAUGAAGCUUAUACUAAAGUUGAUCAUGAAAUUUCCGUGGCAGCUUCUGCAUUAAGUGGAGUUGCAUGUUUUAUAUCUUUAUUACCAAAAGGAGAUUAUUUAAAUGAAAUUGUUGAAACCCUUCUUAUUAGAAUAAUUACUUUAUUAGAUGAAGAAGAUCUUCGAGAUGUUUCUCGAGCUUCAGCUAGAGUCAUUGCUGUAAUAUAUGAACUUUAUUCAUAUGAUGAUGUUGAAGAUCAAGAAGAUGAAGAUUAUGAAGAAUUUAAUCCUAAUGGUCCAUAUUAUGAACAAGGUUUAUUAUUUGCAAAAUUAGAAAGAUUAGCUAAUUUAUCCACUAAAAGAAUUUCAAAGAAGGAUAAAAAGCAAGCCCAUUCAAUAUUUAGAAAUAUUUUAAAUACUUUAAAAGUAUAUGUUGAUCCAAUAAGGCGAGAACAAGUUCGAAGAAGAAGUCCUGAAGGAUUAGAAAUAAUUGGUAAUAUAAUGGAUUCAACAUAUAUUAGAUUAUCAAAGUAUAAAUCUUUACCUAUUAAUAGUUGGGUAUUAUAUUCGAGAUUAAGAAUAUUAAAAUGGAGUUUUAGUUUUGGAUUACAUGAUCAAUUGGUAUGUAAUGAAAGUAUAAGAGAUAUAUUAAGAGAUGAAGAUGGAGAACAUGGAGGAGGAUUUGAAAUUGAUCAAGGAUUAUUACAAGAAGAAUCAUCCUAUAAGAAUUUUGUCAGUGAUUAUAUGGAUUCUAAACAUAUUCAUGAUGAUAGGAGAAGAACUGAAAAGAUUAGAAAAGAAAGAACUCAAAAAGUUGUCGAUGAAGCUCAUCGUUUAAAUGUUUCCUCAUGA